AUGGGCUUCGGACUUCCUGCAGCCAUUGGCGCCCAAGUGGCGCAACCUGAUGCAAUGGUCAUUUAUAUUGAUGGUGACGUAUCCUUUUGUAUGUCACUGCAUGCGAUGUUUGUUGCCGCGGAGUUAGGGAUUAAGAUCGAAAUCUUGGCUCUCAAGUACGAUAAGCGAUACUCUCACACGCACCAACGAAAUCCAGACUUUGUGAAGGUGGUUGAUGGAAUGGGUAUCGAGGCUCAGCGAUUGGAUGCUGUGUCUGAUAUCACAGACCAACUCGAGUGGUUCAUUCGCUCAGAGGGCCUAUCCUUGGUAGAGGUGAAGGUGGACGAAAAUGUGCCCGUGCUUCCCUGGGUUACUCCCUGUAAGGCACUAGAUGAGAUGAUCAUGAGUCCCAGCCAGAUUGGGACUUCUAAGAAAUAG